GCAUGCACACCACCGCGACUGCGACACGCGAUUGGCUGCAGCACUGCAGGUCCGCGCGCCGCUGCUCCGGCUCCGCGUCUCGGGCGCAUCAUAAUGGGCGAGCAGGCAGUGCAACAUCUGGUACUGGCGUAGCGUUGACCGCACUUGCCAUCCAAGCCGCUUCUUUCCCCCAACACAGUCAGAGAAAUCGCCGUGACUUUUGUUAGCCUUCUGACUGUAAUCAGAGGUGUCUACUUCCCCCGUCAUUGCUAAAAAAAAAAGUGCUUUAAUGCGGAGAUGGUGAGUGUACCGAAUGGUAGUGCUCUGCAGAACCUGAAGCGGGUUCCUGGAGAACCGGGGGAAGACCACAAAUAUGAGGCGGCGGAGGCACCGGAUGCAAAUGCGAAGGACAAGUGCACUCAGAAUAUCGUCUGGAGAAACGUCGUGUGGAUGAGCCUUCUUCACGCCGGAGCUGUUUACUCCCUGUUUCUCAUCCCAAGGGCGCAUCCUUUUACCUGGAUAUGGUCCUACAUGUGUUUUCUGGUGACAGCUCUGGGGGUGACGGCUGGGGUCCACCGACUCUGGAGCCACAGAGCCUACAAAGCCAAGCUGCCCCUACGGAUCUUCCUCGCCGCUGCUAACUCCAUGGCCUUCCAGAAUGACAUCUAUGAGUGGUCCCGGGAUCACCGUGUCCACCAUAAAUACUCCGAAACUGAUGCUGACCCACACAACGCCAAGCGGGGUUUCUUUUUUGCCCAUGUGGGCUGGCUAUUCAUGCGGAAGCAUCGUGAUGUCAUCGAGAAAGGCAAGAGGCUGGACUUCAGUGAUCUCCUGGCGGACCCGGUGGUGGUGUUCCAGAGGAAGUACUACAAGAUUUCUGUUGUGCUAAUGUGCUUCAUAAUCCCCACACUGGUGCCAUGGUACUUUUGGGGUGAGACCUUGUGGAACUCGUAUUUCCUGUCCUCGAUCCUGCGUUACACCGUCUCCCUCAAUGUCACCUGGCUGGUCAACAGUGCUGCCCACAUGUAUGGCAACCGGCCAUAUGACAGGAGCAUCAGCCCCCGUGAAAACCGAUUUGUCGCAUUUGGGGCCAUUGGUGAGGGUUUCCACAACUUCCACCACACAUUCCCCUUUGACUACUCUACCAGCGAGUUUGGCCUGCGCCUCAACCCCACCACGUGCUUCAUUGACCUGAUGUGCUGGCUUGGCCUGGCCAGUGGUUGUAAGAAGGCCUCACCUGAGAUGAUACAGGCUCGCAAGCUCAGGACAGGGGACGGCAGUGCCUGAGGACUCACUGGCAGAAACUGGAGAUAGAUUGCCAUUCAUUCGGCUAGAAGGGAGGAUCAUUACAUUUUCAUGUUUUAAGAUUAAGCCUAAUGUUUUGAAACUAUCAUCAAGGGCGGGUAUAUUUCUUCAUUGUUUAGCCACCAUUUCACUUUGCUGAGAUUUUUCCACCACCUUUUUUCAUAAUCUUAAACAGCAUGUGUUUUGUUUUCAGGUUUCUUUAUUGGAUUCUAAUAGCAGUAUGUGACGGGCAACUGAUCGCAGCAUUGGUUUUGUGUGUCAUUGCGGUCGGUCUUCGCACUCCAAAACUACUGUGUUCAUGCUCAAAUGGAAAUCAUGUGUACAGCUGUUACUGCCUCGAAGUCGAGGUGUGUUUUUCCGGAAACAUCACUACCAUCAGAUGUUUUUCAGAGUGCAGAGACACGUAAGCAGCUAUGUAAAAUUACCUUGUAUAAUCUGAAAGGCUGUGUGCCAUUAUAGUGGACCGAUACUAUUGCAUGUUCUAGAUUCCCAUUUGGUGCAGUGCUGCAGUGGUUUGUACUGUUCCUCGCGCCUCUCAGAUCAGGGUUUGAGUCUCUUCCAUUGAUUUUGCAUGUUCUCUCCAUUUUGUUGUGGGACUCUCUCCGGGUACACCGGUUUCUUCCCACAGUCCAAAAACAUACUGAGGUUAAUUGGAGUUACCAAAUUGCCCAUAGAGGUACGUCUGUGAGUGAGUGGUGUGUGAGUGUUUGGUGUUUUGGGUUUUUCCCUACCCUGUGCCUGUAACCUCCAAGAUCGCCUUUGGAUCUCUCAACAACUGGAGCGACUGCUCUGUGGUUUCUGGUAGCUUAUUUUAUUUUGGAUGAUGAAUUGCGUGAAAUCUUAUGGUGACACCAUAGUUGUUACAGUAUGAUUAUGAGUUUUCAUUUACAUUCCAUUUUAUGAUUGUCAGCUAAGUUAAUUAUUUUUCGUAAUUGAAAUCAAUAUUCAACAACUAUAUUAGUUAAACCAUAUGUUUAUAAAGAUUGAUAUUUAUUUUAGCUGAUAACAUUAUUUAAUUCCUUGAAGGACAUACUACAUCCUUCAUCACUUAUGAAAAAUUAUUUGCAUGCUUUGUUUGAUAAUUUUUUCCCAUCCUUUGCACUUUACCAUGUGACGGUUGUGCAGGUAUGGAGUCCCUGUGUUCUUCAUGGGGAAAUCUUAUGAAACUGUGCUGGUCUUAAAGUGUUUGCACUCAGCUUAUUCGUGGCUGUACCCUCCGCAUAACGUCAGUGGCUGCAACCUGCUUUCUGUCAUCGCUGAAUGUUUAGAAGUUUGGGCUGAUGGUUGUGUUGUAAUAGCUGAACCUUUUUAUUGGUCUGGUUUGAAUUCGAUAUUAAAAAAACAAUGAAUGGACAGUGAA